AUGGCUGAGAUUAAUUUCACCAGGGUAACUGAGUUCAUCCUCUUGGGCAUCACUGAUAAGCAGGAGCUGAAGAUGCCCCUCUUCAUAAUGUUCUUGUCUAUCUAUAUGUUCACAAUGGUAGGCAAUUUGGGUCUCAUCACAGUCAUUAGAAUGGACUCACGACUAAAAACGCCAAUGUAUUUCUUCUUAAGUCAUCUGGCAUUUGUAGAUUUUUGUUAUUCUUCUUCAAUCACACCAAAGAUGUUGGGUAACUUUUUAUAUGAGAAAAAUAUAAUCUCUUUCUAUGCAUGUGCUACUCAACUAGGUUGUUUUAUUAACUUCAUGAACGCAGAAUGCUUGCUGCUAGCUUCCAUGGCCUAUGAUCGCUAUGUGGCAAUUUGCAACCCUUUGCUGUAUAUGGUUUUGAUGUCUCCUAAAAUCUGUAUUCAGCUUGUAGCUGCUCCCUAUAUCUAUAGUUUGAUGGUCGCACUCUACCAUGUUAUCCUCACAUUCCGCCUCUCCUACUGUGGUUCUAACGUUAUCAACCAUUUCUAUUGUGAUGACAUGCCUCUCUUGAGGCUGUCCUGCUCUGACACCCAUUUCAAACAAAUGUGGAUUUUUGCCUGUGCAGGAAUUAUGCUUAUUUCUUCCUUUUUGAUUGUCUUUGUCUCCUACGUGUAUAUUAUCUCUGCGAUUCUAAAGAUGCAAUCAGCUGAAGGUAGGCGUAAAGCUUUCUCUACCUGUGGCUCACACAUGGUGGCUGUCACCAUUUUUUAUGGGACCUUAAUAUUUAUGUACUUACAGCCCAGCUCAAACCAUUCCCUUGAUACAGAUAAAAUGGCCUCAGUCUUUUAUACAGUGAUCAUUCCCAUGUUAAAUCCCCUGAUUUACAGUUUGAGGAAUAAGGAGGUGAAAGAUGCUCUGAAGAAGGCCUUAAGCAACAGUAAUUAUGCCCUUCUUUUAAUUAAAUCAAGAAAGUGA